AUGCCUUCCAAAAGGCAACGCCGCAUGGUCCAUGAUCCAACAAUCCCUGAUAUUUCAGAUGAUGCUGCAGAGCGAAGACGUGUUUUGAAUGUUCUUGCCCAGCGACGUUACAGAAAACGAAGAAGGGAGCAUCUCGCUUCUUUGGAGGCUCAGAUACAAAUGAGCCAUCGAAAAACUCGUGAAUCGGGUGUUGUUGUUGUUGAUCCUUCUCCAACUGACAGCGCUGCCGAGAAGCAGUCAGGUCUCGAUAUCCUGCUGCCACUAGGAGCUCCAGAGUGUGAGACAGGGAACAUCUCUCCCGCGUCUUCGGGCACAGUACCACGAAUUCAAGAAGCACUCUUAGAGAAAUCAAACGAUGGAUCUCCGAGUGCUUUGACAGACGUUUUCACCCAAUCCGAUAUUCUAGAUGUUAUACUUGAAUCCAUGAUGCAGAACUCACCAUCCUCAUCCUCACCCUCUUCUAUAACGCCUCUAUCACCUCUGUCAUCAUUCGAUUCUCUCUUCUCUUCAGAGCUAGCCCUUCCCGAACUAUCAGCUCUCUCGUAUCAAUUGCUCCAGAAUCCUAUCAACGAGCAAGAUUUCACCCCAAACGACCUCUCAGCAACACUCCAAUCCUACCAGGCCACGACAUUCACCUUCCCGGAUGACCACAUCAUCGAAAUCCCACCCCUGUCCCUGCUCCGUGCUGUCCUCACUAUUGCCGAUCGACUGCAACUCAAAGAGCUUAUCUGGACCAUGAAUAGCAUCAGCCCAUUCUACACAGGCCCUGCAGGUUUUGAAUGCACAAAUUCCGACCCUCCGCAGUCCUCUUCUACAGCCUCCUCCCUUUCUUCCUCACGGCUACCGAUCUGUAUAGAAAGUUUACCAGCCCAUCUCCAACCCACCCCAACGCAGCGCUUAAUUCCCCAUCAUCCAAUUCUGGAUCUCUUCCCCUGGCCCACCACACGCGACAAGCUCAUCCAGGUCUUUAGUAUGCCGGAGUAUCUCCGGCCAGCUUCCGCUUCUCACCCCAUGGCACUUAUGAAUCUGGUAUAUGAUAUCGAGGACCUCACUGAGGGGAUGCGGGUGAGUGGUACGGAUCCGUUUCAGAUCGACAUGUGGGAGAUAGGACAGAUAGUGUUUGAGAGGUGGUGGUGGGCGUUCGAGACGAAAGUGAUUGACAUAAGUAACAGUUUGAGGCAGAAUAGAGGCCAACAGGGUUUGGCGAUUUCAUUGAGUUGA